GUCAGUCGCUGGCACCUCGUCGCUUCACUACGACGUCACUUGUUUUAUCGUUGUUUUGUUUUGUUUUUGUUUCUGAUAACAAGUUGCACCAAAUAAUGCCAACAUAACUAGGAUGGCAGAAAAACAAGGAGUUCGUUUUGAAGAAGCUGAGAAGAGGAAGACUUUGAUACUAGGUGCCUUGGCAUGUAUAUUUGGAGUGCUGAUAUGGUUGACCAGGAGUUCAGCCUUCGCAGUAGGUAGUCUAGCCCUGGUAGCGACGUACCUGAUGACAGGGGAUAGAUACCAGUGGAUUUUUAUCUGGUUGAAGACUUACAAAAGGGAUUGGCUCGGAUUUCGCGUUCUUCUGAAGACAAUCCUCAGGGUGUGGGUGUGGGAACGGAGAGGCACCACUGUAGUCACCAGAUGGGCAGAAGUGGCGAGGAGGUGUCCGAACAAGAAAGCCUUUGUCAUGGGCGACAGGUCCCUGACUUUUCAAGAGGGUGAAGAAUUCAGCAACAGAAUAGCCUGGUACUUCAGACGCCAAGGCUUCAAGAGUGGCGAGGUCAUUGCCCUCUUCAUGGAGACUCAACCAGAGUACGUGUUCGUGUGGCUCGGCCUUGCCAAGUUGAGGGUCACUACGGCGCUGGUGAACACCAACCUGAGAGGCGCUCAGCUGAUACAUUGCCUGAGAAUUGCUGGAUGUAAAGCUGUUAUAUUUGGAGACGAGAUGGUUGAUGCUAUAAAAGAGAUCCAAGAAGAAAUCCGGGACAUGCCUCUCUUCCAAUUCAACUCCCCGGAACGUGGUGCCACAUCAGUACUGCAGGAUACUGCGGCUUUGGCCACGGAACUCAAGGAGGUGCCCCCGGAACCCUUCCAAGAUGUAGUGCAGGCGAAACCAAGGGAUACGCUGAUGUAUAUUUAUACUAGUGGCACGACCGGCUUUCCUAAAGCCGCUGUGAUAACAAAUAUUAGGUACUUGCUAAUACCACUAGGAGUGCAUAACUCAGCGCAGCUCACAUCUUCCGACGUGAUCUACGACCCGCUACCACUGCAUCACACAGCUGGAGGGGUACUGGGCGCUGGGCAGGCGGUGAUACUAGGCUGUACUGUGGUGCUGAGGAAGAAGUUCUCUGCGUCUAAUUACUGGAGCGACGCGGCUAAGCAUGGAUGUACGGUAGCUCAAUACAUAGGCGAGAUCUGUCGCUACCUGCUCGCAGUGCCACCUGGUCCCAACGACCGAGCUCACAAGGUUCGCGUCAUGGCCGGCAACGGACUAAGGCCGCAGAUUUGGGAGGAGUUCGUUAGGAGGUUCGGCAUACAACGGGUGUUGGAGUUCUAUGGAGCUACUGAAGGAAACAGUAAUCUUGUUAAUAUGGACUCUAAAGUCGGUGCCAUAGGAUUCCUCAGUCGACUUGUGUCAUCGAUAUACCCUUUAACUCUAGUCAAAUGUGAUCAAAUUACUGGCGAAAUCCUAAGGGAUAGUAACGGGAAGUGCAUCAGCUGUGGACCUCAUGAGCCAGGCGUACUCCUUGGCAAAAUUGAUCCUAAGAAGGCCAUCCUGACAUUCUCCGGGUACGCAGACAAGACCGCGUCGGAGAAGAAGAUGGUGAGGAAUGUGAAAGUGGACGGUGACUGCUAUUUCAACACCGGUGAUAUAAUGGUGAUGGACCAUUAUGGUUACUUCUACUUUAAGGACCGCACUGGUGAUACCUUCCGUUGGCGAGGCGAGAAUGUGUCAACAGCAGAAGUGGAAGGCGUCAUCAGCUCCUUGGUUGGACUCAAAGAUGCUGUAGUCUAUGGCGUAUCAAUACCACACGUAGAAGGAAAGGCUGGUAUGGCGGCGAUCUCAGAUCCCGAAAGGAAAUUGGACCUUACUCUGUUGUGUAAAGGUCUAAAAUCGUCCCUGCCAGCAUACGCCAGGCCCCUCUUCAUCAGAGUUCUGCCAGAACCACCAUUAACUGCCACUUUCAAGUUGAAAAAGAAGGAGUUGAUCGAACAAGGUUACAAUCCAAAUCUCCAUAACGAUCCAAUGUACUUUAUGGACCAAAAGACAGGAGAGUUCGUGCCUUUAACGCAGAAAUUGUACGACGAUUUGAUCCAGGGAGUAAUUAGGCUGUGAUAUUUAUUUAUUGAUUAUGUUAAAAAUAUAUAUUUUCUUGCCAUAAAGUGAUGUUGAAUCUAGAAUGCCGUGUGGUUCCCGGCUCCAUUAGAUAAAAGAAUAGGACCACUCCAUCUCUUUCUCAUGGAUGUCGUAAAAGGCGACUAAGGGAUAGGCUUAUACCUACACUUGGCGACUAAGGGAUAGGCUUAUACACUUGGGAUUCUUCUUUUAGGCGACAGGCUAGCAACCUGUCGCUAUAUGCAUCUCAAUUCUAUCAUAAAGCCAAACAGCUGAACGUGGCCUAUCAGUCUUUUAAAGACUGUUGGCUCUGUCUACCCCGCAAGGGAUAUAGACGUGAUUUUAUGUAUGUGUAUGUAAUCUUCAGUGAGCAGAUGGUAAAAAUACGCAGGUGUCCAAUAGACCUAGGAACCUAAUCACAAACGUUGACCAGAUAAGAGUAUGAUUAUCUUCACUUCAAUUCUAACUUUUCAGUUAACAAACUCUCUUUGGUUGAAAAUGAAAUGAACAUUUCCAAUAAGACGAACAUUGACCAGGCAUGUGUCUCUCUCACUCGAUCUUUAUAGUAAACCGCAGUGUAAGAGAGAGACGAAAAGAUCUUAUGAUGUCUCUGAUAUCUUCGCGAAUAUUAUACUCGUAUUCGUGAAUAAAGCGAUAUUUCAAGUUUUCCAUUUUGUAAACUGAGUGACACGAACAGAAAAGUUAAAAAGAAACAAGUGAAUGACGCUUAACGAAACACAAAUACACGUGUACCUACCUAAAUAGCUGUAUAAAUUUGAAUUUGGAAUUCCUAAUCAAAGAGGAGAAAUUUAUGAUUAAAGUGGCCAGUUCAAGAAAAAGCCAAUUUCUCAUGUGAGGAUCUAAUAUUAUAUGCUAGUAUCCACACACUAAAAAGUUAUUCUUUUGUUGCUCAAUUAAAAAGAGACAAUAUUAGGU